CACUAACGCCAACAUUACAAAAAAUUUCAACCGCAUCCAAUAUGGCCAUCAACUUCCUUUCGCCUUUUCCUUUUCUCUUUCAACGUGCUAAGUGACAAGUUAAGAUGACUGCCACCGCAGCCGCCAAGAAGCCCGAAGCAAAGGGCAAAUCUGCCAAGAAAUUACCCGCUGUCCCAGAAUCAAAGCUGAAGUUCAGUAAGAAACAAGUUAGCAGCCGGGCCAGCUUGAUCAAGCGUAAACUGAAGCGUGCUAAAGUUAUUGCACUCCGCAAACGUGAGAAUUUGGUACGUGCAGAGAAAUACCAAGCUGAAUACUUGCGUGAUGAACGCCGUGAGAUCAAGUUACGUCGCUUGGCCAAGAAACGCGGUCAAUUCUAUGUACCAGCUGAUGCUAAAUUAGCCUUCGUUAUUCGUAUCCGCGGUAUCAACAAAGUUGCACCCAAAGUGCGUAAAGUUUUGCAAUUGUUCCGUCUGCGUCAAAUCAACAAUGGCGUCUUCAUCAAAUUGAACAAAGCCACCAUCAAUAUGUUGCGUAUUGCUGAACCCUACAUUACAUGGGGUUAUCCUAAUUUGAAAUCGGUCCGCGAAUUGGUCUACAAGCGUGGAUUCGUUAAGCACAACCGUCAACGCGUGCCAAUCACCGAUAACUUUGUGAUCGAACGUAAAUUGCGCAAGGCACACAACAUUCAGUGUGUUGAGGAUUUGGUGCAUGAAAUCUUCACCGUUGGACCACAUUUCAAGAAGGCAUCAAACUUCUUGUGGCCAUUCAAACUGAAUACUCCAACCGGUGGCUGGCGCAAGAAGGCUAAUCACUACGUUGAGGGUGGUGAUUUCGGUAAUCGCGAAGACAAGAUCAACAAAUUGCUGCGCAAGAUGGUUUAAAAUGUUUUAAAAAAUUUGCUUUACCCGUAAGAUCUGGGGAAAUUUCGUUGAUGUACAAGGGGGAGUAUUUUUAUUCCAAAAAAUAUAUUAAUAAAAAUUGAAAAA